CUGUUUUGGUUAUUCCGCCUGCGCGUGUCGUUCGAAAACACGUGAAAUCCGUGGCCCGUCGGUAAAUCUAGUUAAUUUCGGUUCCCCGUUGGUUCCAACACCCCCCCGUCGCCACAAUGGUCAAGAAAAAGAUCGACAACCGCAUCCGGGUGAUGAUCGAGAACGGCGUCAAGCUCGGCCACCGGACCAUGUUCGUGGUGGUCGGGGACAAGGGCCGCGAUCAGGUGCCGAUUCUGUACGAUAUGCUGACGAAGGCGUCCGUAAAGGCGCGGCCCACGGUGCUGUGGUGCUACAAGAACAAGGACGAGGCCAUUUCGAAUCACGGGAAGAAACGGGCGAAGAAGAUUCAAGCCGGCAAGAUCGACAUCAACGAGUCGGAUCUGUUCGAUACGUUCCGGGUUUCGACCACGAUUCACGGCAGGUACUACAAGGACACGCACACGAUUCUGGGUAAAACGUACGGCGUUUGUGUGCUGCAGGAUUUCGAGGCGUUGACGCCGAAUUUGUUGGCAAGAACCGUCGAGACGGUUGAGGGAGGUGGGUUGAUCAUUCUGCUGCUGAAGACCAUCAACUCGCUGAAGCAGCUGUACACGAUGAGCAUGGAUGUGCACAAGCGAUACAGGACUGAGGCCCACCAGGAUGUCACGUGUCGGUUCAACGAACGGUUGAUCCUCUCGUUUGCGGACUGUUCACGCUGUUUGCUGGUGAACGACGAUCUUACGGUUCUUCCGCUGUCGUCGAAAACCGCUGAGGUGAGACCGGUUGAGGCCAACGCGAUUCGUAAGAGUGCCAACGAUGAAAUGCUCGAAGAGCUGAAGGAGAGCCUCUCGGAUACGCCACCGGCAGGGCCGCUGGUCAACAUUUGCAAAACUCACGACCAGGCCAAGGCCGUCGCGCAGUUUAUUGACGCUCUGGCGGAGAAACAGCUGAAGCCACCGACAUCGUUGACUGCCGGACGUGGUCGUGGUAAGUCCGCCGCCAUGGGACUGGCCAUUUCGGCGGCCGUUGCGUUCAAUUAUGUCAAUAUCUACAUCACUUCUCCGUCGCCGGAGAAUUUGGUGACUCUUUUCGAGUUUGUCAUGAAGGGAUUCGACGCCCUGGAGUACCAGGAGCACACGGAUUACACCAUCAUCCGAUCUACGAAUCCGGACUUUAACAAGGCCAUCAUCAGGAUCAACGUAACAAGGAAUAACCGGCAAACGAUUCAGUACAUUUCUCCUUCCGACGCACAUCUGCUAAAUGCCGCCGAUCUCCUGGUUAUCGACGAAGCCGCCGCCAUCCCUCUCCCACUAGUAAAGGCAAUGCUCGGGCCGUACCUCGUCUUCAUGGCCUCCACCAUCAACGGCUACGAAGGAACCGGCCGCUCCCUUAGCCUCAAACUGCUCUCGCAAAUCCAAAAGGACAACAGCGCUCCACCCCCGAUCAAGCUGGACGAAUCAAUCCGUUACAACCCGGCCGACCCCGUCGAAAGCUGGCUAACUUCUCUGCUCUGUCUGGACGCCUCGGUAGUCGCGAACCUCAACUCUGGCUGUCCCACCCCGGACGCUUGCGAGCUCUACUACAUCGAUCGUGACGCACUCUUCUCGUAUCACCGGGCCGCCGAAGCGUUCCUGCAGCGCGUCGUGUCCAUCUGCGUCUCGUCCCACUACAAAAACAGCCCCAACGACCUCCAGAUGAUGAGCGACGCCCCUGCCCAUCACUUGUUCUGUCUGCUCGGUCCGAUCACCAAGAAGGACCAGCUGCCGGAAAUUUUGUGCGUGAUUCAGGUCUGUCUGGAGGGGCAGAUUUCUGCGCAGUCGGUGCAGAACUCGCUCGCUCGGGGUGCGAAAAGUGCCGGCGAUUUGAUUCCGUGGAACAUUGCCGAGCAGUACGGCGAUCGGGAGUUCCCGAAGUUGAGCGGGGCGCGAAUUGUGCGCAUUGCGACGCAUCCGAAUUAUCAGAGGAUGGGUUACGGUAAACGGGCGCUGAAACUGCUGCGCAGUUACUACGAGGGCAACUUUGCCCCCCUCAAUGAUAACCCGGAAGAUCAGGAAGAGGACAACGGAAUUCAAAGCAUCGACGACGACGAGGUUAAUCUGCUGAAGGAGGUCAUCGAACCCAGGAAGAAGGUUCCAACUCUGCUUAAGCGUCUAGCCGAACGACGACCGGAGCAUUUGGACUACCUCGGAACAUCGUUUGGCCUUACGAAUGAUUUGCUGCGCUUCUGGAAGAGCCAAAAGUACAUCCCCGUGUACUUGAGCCAGAAGGAGAACGACCUGACCGGCGAACACUCGUGCAUUAUGAUUUCCCCCAUCAGCCACAGCAUCGAGAAGGUCGAGACGAACGACUGGCUCAACCAGUACUACGUAGACUUCCGGAGGCGCGUCCUCAAGCUGUUGGGAAAAUCGUUCCGCAAGUUCUCCACCGGAAUGGCCCUGUCCCUGCUGGACAACCGCGCAGCCAAGAUCACCGGCCAAGAGCUCACCCAAGCGACGAUCGACGAAAUCUUCCUGCCGCACGACGUCCAACGCCUAGAAAUGUACACCCGCAACCAGGUCGAGUACAAACUGAUCAUGGAUCUGACCCUGGACCUGGCCCAGCUGUACUUCCAGUCCAAAAUGGCCAGCGCCAACAUCGAUUCGCUGCAAAAAGCCAUCCUGCUCGGCAUCGGCCUCCAGCACAAGACCAUGGACGCCCUCGCCGAAGAGUUCAACAUGCCCAGCGGCCAGGUGCUGGCCAAGUUUUACGACUGCAUGAAGAAGCUCACCAAGUACGUGCACUCGAUCCUGGAGAGCACCAUCGAAAGCACAAUGGCAAACGAGAGCGAGCUCAACACCGGUGCGGGACUGGUCGCCUUGGACAAGAGCAUCAACGAAGACCUCGCCGAAGACGUGAAGAAGCUGCAGAAGAAGCAAAAGAAGGAGCUCGCCCGGCUGAAGAAGGAGAACCUGGACCAGUUUAUGAUCAAGGGCACCGACGACGAAUGGAACAACGUGCUGGCGAAGAACAAGUCGACGAUUAUUUCGAUCAAGAGUGGGGAGAAGCGCCCGGGAGACGCGAAAGAGCUGUCCUUUGAGGACAAUGAGAACUCGUUUAAAAAGAAGAAGUCCAAGCAGCACAUGGACAAGAAGCAAAAGUUUAGAAAAAAUAAAGUUUGAAAACGUAGGAAAGAGUACGUUUUGCGGCUAAGCCUUCGUUAAAACAAAAA